CCCUUCAAUGCAAACACAAUCACUGUCUCUUCCCUCUUAUCUUUUUUCGGAAUCAAUCAAUAUGAAGUUCAUACUCUUCUUUGCUUUAUCCUUCUUCCUCCAAGGAGCUCUUGGUGAGUUGAUAUGCGAGGAACUACCAGUUGAAAUGUGUGCGCUUUCAAUUGCAUCAGACGGAAAGAGGUGUGUGCUGGAGAGUCGCCCGUCUGAAGAAGGAAAUAUUGAAGUGGAGUGCCAGACUUCAGAAGCAUUUGCAAGUAAUAAAAUGUUGCAGGAAUAUAUAGAGACAGAUGAAUGCGUUGGUGCAUGUGGUGUUGAUAGGCAAUCUCUUGGCCUCUCUUCAGAUGCCCUUGUUGAUUCUAAAUUCAUUGCCAAGCUAUGUUCACAUCACUGUUACAACAAUUGCCCCAACAUUAUCGAUCUUUACUCCACUGUCGCUUCUGCUGAAGGAUUAUCUUUGCGAAAAAUGUGCGCAUCUCAGAAAACUCGUCCACGCCGUGGAAUGUCUCAGUCCGCGUCCCUAAGUUCAGGUGCAGCUGCUCCGGUUGUUUCUAGUGGCACUACUGAUGCAAAUCCACCUGUCGGCAGUGAUCCAAUGACUGGUGCAGAUCCUCCUGCCAGCAAUGGUCCAGUGACUGAUGCAGCUUCUCCUGCCGGCAAUGAUCCAGUGACUGACGCAGUUUCUCCUGCCAGCAAUGAUCCAGUGACUGAUGCAGCUUCUCCAUCCGGCAAUGAUCCAGUGACUGCCGGCAAUGAUCCAGUUUCUGAUGCAGCUCCUCCUCCUUCUCAAUAUUGAAUUGAUUAGAUAUUGUGCUACUAAUAAAUGUGUACAACAU